GGCAGAUCUUGCAAUGCUUACCCAACACGGAGGAAGACCAACAGCUGUGUAUGAAGAGUUCGCGACUGCGAGCUGGGAAGCGAUAGCCCAGGGCAGCGCUCCGUUUGCGGGGCGGGAGCCUGCUUCCAAACGAAGAGAGCGUUUACACUGCGUCUUCCGGCUCCGCUUUGGCACGGAGGGUGCAGAUUCAAGCAGCAAACUCCAAACCCGCUGCGCUGCCCCGAAUGAGGAGGCAGAGGAACUAUUCCCCCUCGCGACGCUGGGUGGGGGUGUUGGCCACGGAGCGGGAGGUUUCUCUGCCCGCUCCGGAUUUGCCGGCACAGGGAGACAAAAAAAAAAGCCGCGUGAGCUGCUCGGGAAGGGCGGCGGGGCACGGAGCCGGGUUGCUCGGGGGCUUUCAGACCCCCUUACCCCGGGAUUCCUGACAAACACCGCUCUGCCUCGGAAGCUACUUCAAAAUGCCGGGAGCCACGGAGGACGGUGGAUGGCUUUUCUGGAGAGGAAUGGCGUGUGGGAGACGGAGCGGAGGCAGCAAGAGGCAAGUGAGCUUGUUUAUUCUGUGCGUUUGCUUGUGUCAGAGCGGGGCCAAAACCCUCCGCUAUUCCCUGGCGGAGGAAAUGGAGAGGGACUCCUUUGUCGCCAAUAUUACAAACGACCUGGGGCUUGCUCCGAGCCAGCUUGCAGCUCGCAAGGCCCGUGUCGUGUCCGAGGGGAAUGAGCAGCUUUUCCGCCUCAAUGCAAACACCGGAGUCCUGACGAUAAAGGAGUCGCUGGACCGAGAGGAGAUCUGUCCGCAGAGCAAGACCUGCACACUCUUCUUUAAGAUAUUCUUUGAAAAUCCGUUGCAGCUGAUGCGAGGGGAAGUGGAGCUUCGUGACGUGAACGACAACUCCCCUGUGUUCCCGGAGAAGGAGAUGGUUUUAGAGAUUCCGGAAACGACACCUCCAGGGUCUCGUUUUCCUCUGGAAAGCGCCCAAGACAAGGACGUGGGCAGUAAUGGUUUGCAGAACUAUAGCCUCGAGUCCAAUUCACAUUUCUCUCUCACUCUCGGAACAGGGAAAGGUGGAGUAAAAUACCCAGAGCUGGUCCUACAGCGGCAGCUGGACCGCGAAGAGCAGCAGGAGCUGAAUUUACACCUCACCGCCACUGACGGGGGCUCGCCACCCAGGUCGGGCACGGCUCAGAUCCACAUCGUGGUGCUGGAUGCCAAUGACAACAUCCCAGUCUUCAGCCGGGAGGUCUACGAGGUGCGGCUGGCCGAGAACAGCCCCCUGGGGCAGCUGGCGGUCAGAGUCACGGCCGUGGAUCCCGACGAAGGGUCCAACGGGAAAGUGCGGUACGCCUUCAGCCAGACAUGGGAGCAGUCGCGGCAGCUCUUCGAGCUGAACCCUGCCACCGGUGAGAUACAAGUCACGGGUAACCUGGAUUUCGAGAAAGCAGAAAACCAUGAGAUGUUGGUGAGAGCCACCGAUGGCGGAGGGCUGUCUGCGCAUUGCAAAGUGCAGGUGGAGGUCCUGGACGUGAAUGACAACGCCCCUGAGAUAGCGCUCACCUCCAUCACUGCCUCCAUUCCUGAGGACACCCCUCCCCGCACCGUGGUGUCCCUGUUCAGUGUGCGGGACCGGGACUCCGGGGACAACGGCAGGACGGAGUGCUCGAUCAACGGAGACUUCCCCUUCAGUCUCACCCACACUUUUGAUAAUUACUACGAGCUGAGAACAAACACAGCGCUGGACAGGGAGAGGACAGCGGAGUAUAACAUCACCAUCAUAGCCACGGACUGGGGCAUGUCACGGCUGAGCUCUGAAGAAACCAUCUUUGUGCAGAUAUCAGAUGUGAAUGACAAUCCCCCGGAGUUCACCCAGGAGGUUUACAUCAUGCCGGUUACGGAGAACAACAGCCCCAUGCUGCGGAUCGGCAGUGUGAACGCCACGGAUGCCGAUGCGGGGCAAAACGCCCACGUAAACUACGCGCUGGUGAGGCAGGAGGGCAAAGAACAGCCCGUGUCAGUCAACUCUGAAAACGGGGAUGUUUAUAUCCUCCACCCACUGGACUAUGAGGAGGUGCGCGCCUUCGAGGUGGUGGUGCGCGCUGCCGACGGGGGCUCGCCACCUCUCCGCGCUGAGGCGGUGCUGCGUGUGGUGGUGCGUGACGAGAACGACAACACGCCCGUCGUGCUGCACCCACCCCCCGGCAGCAGUGCGGUGGCGAUGGGCGAGUUGGUGCCACGCUGGGCCCCGGAGGGCUACCUGGUGGCCAAGGUGGUGGCGGUGGACGCGGACGCGGGGCAGAACGCGUGGCUGUCGUACGAGCUGGCCAAGGCACCGGAGCCGGGGCUGUUCCACGUGGGGCUGCACAGCGGCGAGGUGCGCACGGCGCGGGCCGUGUCGGAGCGGGACGUGGCGCGGCAGAGGCUCGUUGUGCUGGUGCGAGACCGUGGGCAACCGCCACGCUCCGCCACCGCCACCCUGGACAUCGCUCUGGUGCACGGCUUCUCCGAUGCCCAUUUGCAGGUGAGCGAGGAGGUGCCGGUGGCCGAGCCCGACGGGCGGCUCACCCUGUAUCUCAUCGCCUGCCUGGCCUGCGUAUCGGCGCUGUUCCUCGCCACCGCGGUGGCCGCCUUGGUGGUCAAGUUGCGGCAGGCCAGGCAGAGGGAGGCGGAGACUUUACCCACGUUCCCACAGACUGCCACGGAGAGUGAUGCGGGCUCCCUGCCCCGCAGCUACGUGUACGACGUCCGUUUUGCUGCUGGGACCGUCAACAGCGAGUUUCGGUUCCUCAGGCCCCUCUUUCCCUGCUUCCCCGCCGGGCUGCCCCCCGGCUCGGGCGAACAGCGGAGCUCGGUGUGCUCACAAGAGGCAACCAACCUCGGGGAAGAAGGCGACUGGGCUGCACAGGGUAGAGCUCCCCUUCCCGAAGACACGGUCCCCAGACUUGCGGAAGCAGCUUGCACAGCAAACAGGGGGCUGAAGCAAAAUAUCAACUCUGAUCAAAACCCUUGGCUCACCCAUCAGUAAGCGAAGAGAAAGACAAGCGUGUCUGUCCUCACCGGCUAACGUCCUCAAAGGGAAAAGGGAAUUAAGAGACCAAACACCCACCAAAGAAAGUACCAGGGAGGUACCAGACAUCUCCGUGAGAGGGCAGAACCCCUCUACUCUUGAGCAGUACUUAAGUCCUGCAGGCAUUUUGUAAUUGUGAUAUGAAUGGAGGCUGGGGACUGUGUUGCAUGUUGAUUACACUGACACUUGAUGUAUGAUUGUGAGAGUCUUACUGCUUCUGAAUCUUAAGGGAAAUACUGAAAACUGGGAGGAGAUCUUCAAGAUCACUUUUUCCUACAUCAGCUUUUCUGUGUCUUUUCAGUUUCUGUUGUGGUAUUUUUUUUUGUUUUGGGUUGGGUUGGGGUGGGAUUUUUCAUAGUGUAAAGUUGAAAUGAACAUUUAAAGAUUUUCGAGCAUAAGGUCGUAGAGAAUUGAAUGUACUCUUUGUGGUUUUAUAGUAGAAUAGGCUAAAACGUUUAUAAUAAACUUAGGGCACUGUAGAAUAUAGGGCAUCAGGAAGCUUUGCUUUCUUUUAAUUAAUUGUUUAUGGUCUAUAAAUAAUGUGAUAUUUCCUGUCGCUCACCCAUUUUCAAGAGUCUAAUGUCUGAUGACAGAGAACAAUAAAAGCUACUUGGAAUUCCCUCA